AUGGUCCAUAACAUAUCAGCUCGAGUCUUCCUGAUCCGUCAUGGUGAAACAGCUUUGUCUGUUGGCGGCAAGCACACGAGCUUCACUGAUGUGCCCAUGUCCAGAGAAGGCGAGGGCCAGGUUGAAGAGACUCGAGAUUGCUACAUAGGAAGAAACAAACUGAUCGACCCAGAGAACGUGGUCAGGAUCUACACCUGCCCACAGAAACGAACCAGACGGACUGUCGAGAUCCUUGAGCUGGGCGUCCAAAGUCAACAAAGCUUCCUCGACCGGAAUGAUCAAAGCAAGACAGUUAGCCCGUUGACGGGAUCUCAAGGCAACUCCUCAGAGUCUAUGAUCCAGGUUACGUCGUGGCUUAAUGAAUGGAAUUACGGGGAGUACGAAGGACUAUCACUGACAGAGAUCUCUGCGCGUCAACCUGGGGGUCUGGACUGGGUUAUCUGGAGAGAUGGCUGCCCGGGAGGAGAGACCCCCGAACAAGUCUCAGCCCGCCUAGACGAACUCAUAGCAGAGAUCCGUCAGAGCAUCGAGAAGAACGUGACCGAAUGGCCCGGCGGACGGCAAAUUGCCCACGCGACGCGAUCGGCCCGUGAUAUUGUCUGUGUUGGUCAUGGGCACAUUUUGGCUGCGCUGGCGUUGCGAUGGGCGGGUAAGCCGUUGGAUCAUGGUAUAAGAUUGUUGAUGGAGCCGUCGAGUGUGGCUGUUUUGUCAUUUGAGAAUGAUGACUUGGAUAGACCUGCUAUUUCAUUGGGACGGAGGAUGAUGAGAUAG